CAGGUGUUAGAUUGGUCAGAGUUGAUUUAGGGUACGCAGUUUUAAACUGCCUGCUAAGAGGAAUGCCCAGCUUUUGUGGCUCACUGCUGAGGCUAUUUGCCUGUGUGCGGUGCUUUUUCUUUGUUCCAAUGGCGUGUAGAGAGAAGAGCAACAGUGCCAUUUUAGUAUGUUUAGGAGUUUUUGUGUUUGCUGCUUCACUUUGCCAUUGCACGAGCCUGACGAGGCUUAAAGUGCCAGAUAAGCCAAGAAACAACUCGAGGCUCAGCCAAAGUCAAGCCAAAGGAAGUCAACACCACCAUGGAAGACUCUUAAUUGGGCAAUAUGUGCUGCCAAAUGUUCAACUCAAUGGAACCAAGGCCACAAACGACAUCAUAAAUGUUGACACAGAUUACCAAGCAGACAUGGGUUGGAUUGAAACCGAGCAACCUAGUAGACAGGGUACUAUGUCAAAGCCAGACAGUGCAGCAGUACAACGACUACUUAAAAUGGAACCAAACGUUGAAUGCACGGGAGAUUCCAUGAAGCUACACGUUGCUUCUGCUCCUUCUACCUGGGGCUCUCCAUUCUUUGUGGACAGGGGAAGUCAACUGUCUCCCUUACCUCUGUCCAAGUUACCUUCAAGCUGUGGUUACACUGUCAGGUCGACACAAAAAGAUUUAGUCUUAGCCGCACCAUAUGAUGGCUGCUUUGUCAGCCUCGAGGCGGAUUGUUACGUUCUACCACUGCAUUGGUAUGGGUUACCAGUGAAGAUGUUAUGUCCUUUGAUGGGACCGUCAUCACCUAACCCGAUGGUAACCUGCCAUGCUGAGGGCAUGGUUGUGAAAACUGAAUCGCCGAUCUCUGCCUCCAAUAUUAAAGUGAAGUUGAAUGGCAACUGGGAGCCACUAAUGAAGGCCUCACAGAGAUGUGGGUUCAACGUUGUUGGACAGUCGGAAAGUGUGGUUAUCUCAGCUGGCUAUGGUACCUGCCUGGAGGAAAAGGAUGGAUUUUACACGUUUGAACUGGAUGGAGAUGGACAAACAAAGAUUUCUUGUCCACCACUGCAAGCAGUUCAACCUGAAUCCAUACAAAACCCAUCAUAUGUUGGCCAAGGAGAGAAUGGAGCACUAAAACCUGGAGCUACAGGGGGGCAAGUGUACCAGCCUUUCCAUCCUGAAAAUUUAUACCAUCCACCAAAACCUGAAAUACCUCGAUCUUAUAAGCCUGUUGCUGCUCCUCAACCACACAAGCAUGAAGUCCCUCAGAGCCAGUUACAACAACCAUUCUACCCUCACUACUUCUACCCUCAACCACAAAAGCCUGAAGUCCCUCAGAGCGAGGUACAACAACCAUUCUACCAUCACUACUUCUACCCUCAAUCACAGCCUGACGUCCCUCAGGGCGAGGUACAACAACCAUUCUACCCCCAACCACAGCCUGAAAUUCCACCAGCUACCAAACCCUCUGCUGCUCCUCAACCACUAAAGCCUGAAGUACCUCAGGGCCAGUUCCAACAACCAUUCUACCCCCACUACUUCUACUCUGCAUCACCGCCUGAAGUUCUGCCUGUUACAAAACCCACUAGUACUCCUCAGCUAAUAAAAAGUGAAGUGCCUCAAGGACAUGUACAGAAACCAAUUUGCUUUUACCCUUAUCCCCAACAACAGCCUGAAAUUGCACCAACGGCAAAACCCAUUGCUACCACGGAACCACAAAAUGCUGGAAUUUCUCAAGGCCAGGCACCACAACCAUUCUGCUUCUACCCCUCCUACCCUCAACCAAAGCCAUAUACGCAACCCACCACUUCUCCUUGGCCAGCACAGGUAGAUCAGCCAUUCUACCCCUACCCCUUUUACCCCCAGCCAAUACCUGAAAUUUCAACAGGCACAUGGCCCAUUGCUGAUCCUCAACCACAAAAGCGGGGACUCCUCCAGGGUCAGGUACAACAAUCAUUCUACCCCUAUAAUUUCCACCCCCAACCACAGCCUGUAGUCCCUCAGGACCAGGUACAACCACUGCCUGAAAUUCCACCAGCUACCAAACCCUCUGCUGCUCCUCAACCACUAAUGCCUGAAGUGCCUCAGGGUGAGGUACAACAACCAUUCUACCCUCACUACUUCUACCCUCAACCACAGCCUGACGUCCCUCAGGGUGAGGUACAACAACCAUUCUACUCCCAACCACAGCCUGAAAUUCCACCAGCUACCAAACCCUCUGCUUCUCCUCAACCACAGCCUGACGUCCCUCGUGGCAAGGUACAACAACCAUUCUACCCUCACUACUUCUACCCCCAACCACAGCCUGAAAUUCCACCAGCUACCAAACCCUCUGCUGCUCCUCAACCACAGCCUGACGUCCCUCGGGGCGAGGUACAACAACCAUUCUACCCCCACUACUUCUACCCCCAACCACAGCCUGAAAUUCCACCAGCUACCAAACCCUUUUCUGCUUCUCAACCACUAAAGCCUGAAGUACCUCGGGACCAGUUACAACAACCAUUCUACCCCCACUACUUGCCCGUUACAAAACCCACUAGUACUCCUCAGCUAAUAAAAAGUGAAGUGCCUCAAGGACAUGUACAGAAACCAAUUUGCUUUUACCCUUAUCCCCAACAACAGCCUGAGAUUGCACCAACGGCAAAACCCAUUGCUACCACUGAACCACAAAAUGCUGGAAUUUCUCAAGGCCAGGCACCACAACCAUUCUGCUUCUACCCCUCCUACCCUCAACCAAGGCCAUAUACGAAACCCACCGCUGCUCCUUGGCCAGCACAGAUUGAAGGCCUUCAAGGCCAAGUAGAUCAGCCAUUCUACCCUUACCACUUCUACCCCCAACCAAUACCUGAAAUUUCAACAGGCACAUGGCCCAUUGCUGAUCCUCAGCCGCAGCCUGACAUCCUUCAGGGCGAGGUACAACAACCACUCUUCCCCCAACCACUACCUGAAUUUCAACCAGCUACCAAACCGUCUGCUGCUCCCCAACCACUAAUGCCUGAAGUGCCUCAGGGCCAGAUACAACAACCAUUCUACUCCUAUCCCUUCUACCCCCAGCCAAUACCUGAAAUUUCAACAGGUGCAUGGCCCAUUGCUGAUCCUCAACCACAGCCUGAAAUUCCACCAGCUACCAAACCAUCUGCUGCUCCUCAACCUUAUGGAAAGGUACACCAGCAAUUCUACCCAUCUGAUAUUCCAGGUGCUGAAACAAAUGUAAAUAAACUACCCAUGGAAAAGCCUCCUUCCAUCAAACCUCCACAGAGUGAUGGUCAUCGCCCGUUUAAACCAUUUUACUUCCCACAGCAACCCCAGCAUGUAACAGUGCCGCAUGCAACCACAAUGCAGCAACAGGUUAUAACUCAAGCAAGUGAUGAUAAAGCCACAGAAUCUGGUGCUUCUCAGCUUAGCGUUCCACAUGUGCCGCCCAUGUAUUGCCCCCAGGUUUGUCCGUCCGGAUUUUCCAAUUGUUGUAUACAAAUGGCUUUUCAUCAACAUGUCCAUCAUAUUAUUCCGUUUGGCAGUAAAAGUGCACAUCAGUUUUAUCCAGGCCUGCCAUUUUUUCCAUCAGUUGCACAUUCUGGUUUUGGCAAUGGCUUUGGUGGUUCGCCCCUUCCUCGUAAGUCAAAUGAAGCAAUGAGGCAAACUGGCACACUUUUGUACCAUUUGUCUGGAAAUGAAAAGCAACCAAAUCUCCAGCCACCAGAUGGCGACCUUGCUGCACUACUGGGUAGUAUUCCCAGCAUGACUACACAUCCUGAACCACCAGUUCACCGUUCACCAUAUUCACAUUGGUCACAUCUACCUCAAAUUAAGUCAUCAGUUCCAGGAUAUGAACCCAUAAGUCCCACAACACAUGAGUUACAUAAACUUCACUCUACGACACUGGAAAACGAUUGGCAAUCGGCUAAAAACAUGAAUAAUGAGCAAAAUGUACCUGUAACCGAGGAAUCUGGUUGGUUUAACAAAAAGUCUAGUGAAAGCAUAUCGGAUCUUCUGGUUCCUUACUACAUGCUCCAGGAUGCUGCAGUGCCUACUUACAACAACUCUGCGGCCUCUAAUGACUCUGAAACGCAGACAUUUGUCAGCGGCUCAAACAAUUUGCAAUAUGAAAACACUCUGAACUUGCAUUCUGAACCUACGGGUUAUGUGCUGCUAAAGGACAGCCGACCAGGCAAGGAGCCCGUCACUAUUGGUGAUUCUCAAAUGUCUUUCAGAGACCUGGUUCAGAAUACAAAAUCUGCAUCUCAAAAUCCUGCAAGGCAUCACAGUAAUAAAUCCCAGAAUCCUGUGAAACUGUUGCAGGAACAAUCCCAAAGCCCCAAAAGGUUGAAGAAAGUGAAGUCUCAUACCUUACCCAGUCAUUUUGACAGCAUACAAAAGCUUGAUGAUUUUUCUCCAGCUUUGCAUGAACCCCAUUCUGAGCCAUAUGAGUCUUUUAGUGCAGCACAUAAGUUCCGAGAGUCAUUCAAAGACCACUGGAAAUCCCUGAAACCUUUAGGCUAUAGCCAAAGGCAUCCACCGAAUGUUCCUGGAAAAGUGUUUCAACGAUUGAGCUCUGCAUCUGACCACCAAGCACAUGGAUCGAUGGAGCCCCCCCGAAUAGAACUUGGACCUGGAAAUCAGAAGCAGUCAUGAAUUGCCUUCAGUCUGAAUAAAUAAUUGAAAUGGACUAAA